AAGCAGCAAAUAAGUUUCAAAAAGCUUUACACUAAAAAAUUGACUCCCACGGAGGCGUCGGUGGAAAAGUGAUGAAAGUUCCAACUUCCACGCGAUGAAUCCAACGGCUAUGAUUGAAGUCAAUUCGCGCCUUUACGUCAAUCUUACUCGUGCGACUACACCAUCCAAUUGUUCCGCGAUGCACCGGAUUCAGUACUCUGGCUCGACCGAACGCCGUAGUCUCUCCCGCACAGUUUGGUCGUUUUGUUUGUAGCCUCGCUCGCUCGCACACACCAAUCUCUCUCUCUCGCCCUGCACCCGCCCAAAAGAAUUUUGACGGAAAGGAAGAUCGUAUUCGCAGUCCGUAUCAGAUCUGGCGGGAGCGGGCGAAUCUCGUCGGCAUUAAUCAGGAAAACUCGUCAAAUGCUCAAGCAGUUCUCGGAAUCGUGAAAAUCAUCGGAGAGGAGACAAGUUCGAGAAAUGGAGGCGGUGUCGAUUCGGGUUCCCUACAAGAACCUGAGGGAGGAUGCGGAGGUGGAAAUGGCCAGCAUGGACGACCUCGACGAAGAGCCGAAUCAGCGGAUCGAGUUGGAUUCUCCGGUUCCUCGAUCGUCGCCGAUGAAUCCCGAUGCCGCCGACUCCAAUUUCUCUUCGCCGACGACCGAGGCUAGAUCGCAGGCGCCUAAGCAUUGUAGCCUGGCUACUCUUGUUCUUAGUUGUACGGUCGCCGCCGGGGUUCAGUUUGGUUGGGCGCUGCAGCUGUCUCUUCUGACUCCAUAUAUUCAGACACUUGGAAUAGAGCAUGCUUUUUCAUCAUUCAUUUGGCUCUGUGGACCUAUCACAGGCCUUGUGGUGCAACCUUGUGUUGGUAUUUGGAGUGAUAAGUGCACCUCAAAAUAUGGGAGGAGACGCCCUUAUAUUCUUGCAGGAUCACUAAUGAUCUCCAUUGCCGUGAUAAUUAUCGGAUUUUCUGCAGACAUAGGGUAUUUGUUAGGCGAUACCAAGGAACACUGCAGUACAUUCAAAGGAACUCGAACUUGGGCAGCAAUUGUCUUCGUUAUUGGUUUCUGGAUGCUGGAUCUUGCUAAUAAUACAGUUCAGGGACCAGCUCGAGCUCUUUUGGCCGACUUAUCAGGCCCUGAUCAACGCAACACAGCAAAUGCAAUUUUUUGUUUGUGGAUGGCUGUUGGAAACAUUCUUGGAUUUUCUGCUGGUGCCAGUGGUAGUUGGAACAGGUGGUUUCCUUUUCUGAUGAGUAGAGCUUGUUGCGAAGCUUGUGGAAAUCUCAAAGCAGCAUUUCUUGUAGCAGUGGUAUUUCUAACCCUCUGCACACUUGUGACCCUUUAUUUUGCGGAUGAAGUCCCACUCAGUGCAAGCCAGCCUCGUGGAUCAUCAGAUUAUGCUCCAUUAUUGCGUAGUCCUAAACAAAAUGGCAUUGAACUAUCAAAAUUUGAUUCGGAUAAUAAACAUAUAGGAAAUCCUAGUGCGAACAAUACAGGAAACGGGUAUGAGAAGAAUUAUAUUCAUAAUCAUGCCGAACAUGUGGGUGAUGCGAGUGAAAGUAUUGAUGAUGGCCCUGGAGCAGUUCUUGUGAAAUUAUUGACCAGUUUGAGGCAUUUACCCCCUGGGAUGCAUGCAGUACUUGUUGUUAUGGCUCUUACCUGGUUAUCGUGGUUCCCUUUCUUUCUUUUCGAUACUGAUUGGAUGGGCAGAGAAGUUUAUCAUGGAGAUCCAAAGGGGGAUGCUGUGGUGAUUAACUUGUAUGAUCAAGGUGUCAGAGAAGGUGCAUUUGGUUUGCUAUUGAACUCUGUUGUUCUUGGCAUCAGUUCUUUCCUUAUUGAACCAAUGUGUCAGAAGAUGGGGGCAAGACUUGUAUGGGCGAUGAGCAAUUUCAUUGUCUUCGCCUGCAUGGCCACUACUUCCGUAAUUAGCUUGAUAUCUCUGAGUGAAUAUUCCAGGGGAAUUGAGCAUCUUAUUGGAGGGAAUUCUGCGAUCAAGAUAGCUUCAUUAGUUGUUUUUGCUCUUCUUGGAUUUCCUCUUGCUAUAACGUAUAGCGUCCCUUUCUCAGUUACAGCUCAGUUGACAGCUGAUUCUGGUGGUGGACAAGGACUGGCCAUCGGAGUUCUCAAUCUCGCAAUUGUUGUUCCUCAGAUGAUAGUGUCCCUUGGUGCGGGUCCAUGGGACGCAUUAUUUGGUGGAGGCAAUGUACCUGCCUUUGUCCUUGCUUCAAUCGCCUCGUUGGCAGCUGGUGUGAUCGCAACUCUCAAGCUGCCAAAUCUUUCAGAUUCUUUCCAGUCAACCGGUAUGCAUUUUGGCUAGAAUGAAAAGGAACUUUUGUUAUACCGGUGCAUCUGGAUCCUGCACCUUUCUGCAGGGUCAAUGGCAUGAUUUUUUGGCUUGGAAAGAUUCAACUUCCAGUUACUGAGGAACUGUGUGCCUUCCUGUGGAAGAUGGCAAGACAGCUCGAUAUAUGCGUCGGUAAUUGAGUAUACACAACUUAACAUUCGUUCAUUCUUUUAUGCCCCCUCACGUUGUACCCUAAUUCAUGUAGAUGUAAAAAUCAUCAAAAAGUUUCAAUACAAGAGCGUAUACAGGCAUUACUUCCUUGUAACAUGUGUUAUUAUUGUUAGUUGAUAGAGUUAUGCAGUAAAACUAUGGGGCUUGGGAGAUGUUGAGUGUUGCCAGACUAAUUUGGUUUUAUUGUUAUGUUAUAUAUUUGACAAAGUUUGACCACAAUGCGCCACAAUUACAUAUUUGUUAUUUGUUAUGAAACUAAUGAAAAUAUAAACAACAAUAAGAGAAGAUUAGAGAGGAAAAGACACAAGAGAAGAGAGGGGAAGAGUUCUUAUUCAUUCUUCACUUUUGAUACAAUGGUGUGCUAUAUUUAUAGGCACACUUUGGUAACCACUAUAUCCUUAUAUCAAUGCAUAUGAAUGAGAGAUAAUAAUGUAGAAAUAGAGGUUACAUGUAACUCCCAAGUGAGCAUCUAAUGUGGUAGGUCAUUGGUCAUCCACAUAUCAAUAUUUACAUAAUACUCCCCCUUGGAUGACCACUAGAUUGCAUUACGCUAUAUCAUACUGAAUAUUAAAAAGCUUACCAGGAAAACCCAUUGGGAAAAAACCAUGGUUAAGGGAAAAAGAGUGCAGUGCGUAUAUGCUCCCCCUCAUGACCAUAUCACUUCAGAUUAUUGAGUCGUUGAACUCAACUUUCACGAACAACUUUUAGAAAGAUUCUUGCCGGGAGUGAGUUAGUGAACAAUCUUCUAGAUUGUCAAUUUGAUGCAUGAUCUUUAGAUUUUCUUCAUACAUGAUCGUCAGGAUCAUUUCAUAUGAAAAUAGUUCACAACCACAAGUACUUGAGAUAUGGUGGAUCACAAAGUGUAACGAAAGACAUUCGGGACCUACCCAUUAUAGUUUGUUUUGUUUCUUUAUGAAACAUUUAUAUCACCAUAUGUAAGAGAUAGCUCCUCUCCGAUCAACCAAUAUAAGGAUCAAAUGAUAUAUAGGAUUUGGAUAUAUAGUUUACCAAAUCUCUCUUUGAUAAUACCAUAAUAGAACAAUCGCAUAUAUUGUUCCUGGAGGUAACAAAGUAUUUUCCAAUGUUCUAAUGAGGAAAACAUUGUAUCUUGCCAAUAUUAUCAACACCAAAAUGAUAGUUUAUAUGGUGCUUGGCUAGCAAGGUGCAUUGUUGCUCUAAUGCAUCAACAUAUGGUACUUCAGGACCUAAUGUUUCACUUCUUUCUUGAUUUCUAAAUGGAUCUUUGGUCACUUCCAGUGAUCUUAGGAUCCUAAUGUUAUUUGAUGAACACAACUAUAUAUGCACAAUGCAAAUGCUCUAAUGCACUCUAUCCCGGAUUUAACCUUUUAAGGUCGAUUCACCCUACUGUUGUAGGUGUUCUCUUAGACGAGUAUUUCACAUUCGUCUAUAUUUUCUCAACCCAUAUCGGGGAUAUUCUUAGUCUAUCAUUAUAUGUUCUCGAGAACUUUACUUGUUUACUUCAGGUAAAUUAAUCCUUCUGGGACUUUCAAAUAUAUAUAACAUCUUCAAGGAAUUCAAACAAAUAGGCUAUCACAACAAUUUUCAAACAUAGAUUUAAACAUUGAUUUGACAAAGUAGUUGCAUCUACCACAAGAGAGCAUAACUCCUCUCAAAUAAUGAUAGGUCUCUUCGAGAAACCCAUUGCAAAACAUUGUGUUAUAUCUCUCACAAUUUCAUACUUUCCAAUAGCACAAAAAUUUGUUUACAUCCCGCUAGUUUUGCCCUUUUUUAGGUGCUAGGACUUCUGGUCCUUAAACUUUAUGCUCCUUGAGCAAGUUUCAUGAUUUCUUAAUAUAUUGGCCAAUAAAAUCAUCAUUUGCAUGCAUCAAUAGAGUUUUACUCUUGAUCCUCACUUGUACAUAUCAUAUUCAGUACUGAAGUACAACAAACAAAUUUCAUCGACAAUGAUUUCAUUACGGUUCCAGUAUUGUAGUCUAAUAUGGUUUUGAGAUCUCUUCGCUUUCACAACUUUCAGAGACAUGUGUUCUUCUGGAACUAAAAUUAUAUUUUAUUCGUGGUUACUCUUCUUGAGUUUUCAUGUCCUCGAGUUGACCAUUCUAAUUACAGCUCCUUUUCUUUCUCGAAGAUGUUUAUCAUUGGAACCGAUUGGUAUAUCACGCUUCAUGCGCUCUUUCAUACACAUUUUUUUUAUAUUAGAGUAUCCAACAAGAAUAUCAAAUUUAGUUGGAGUAUUCACAGCUAGUAUAUGUGACUUGGUCACUUCGUAUGGCCAGUAAAGGCAUUUGCUAGUUGGUAACGAUAAUACAUCUUAUGAACUUCAGGUUCAUGUUUCUUACUUUGAGGAUCAAAAUUAGAUAAUGAUAACUCAUUGCAACUCAUCUCUUUGUCUAGCUGUUUUUUUUUUCCUCUCCCUCUUAAUGUUGGAAAAGUUAUUCAUCAAAACAUUAAUUUCGCAAAAAAAUUCUCAUUUGGGAUUCAUACCCAACACAAAUUCUCAAUUUCCAACGAGAAUCAACUUAAGAUACUGUGGUGGAGCAAUUGGGAUGUAUGCGGCACACCCUGAUAUUCUCAUAUGAGAAAUGUUAGGUUUCUGACCAAAACCAUUUGUAAAAGGGGGGAACUUAUGAUAACUUGUUGGUUAGAUGUGAACCAAUACUAUCACUUGCCAGCUAGCAUGUCCUCGACAAGAGUCCAGAAGGCUCGGUUUGUUCUCUUAAGCAAAGUGAUGUUUGAUUGGAUAACCAUCAAAAUGUAUUCAUAGUGAGGCAAUCAAUCUCGCAAACAUCGCGUUGCGAUUAGAUAAAAUAAAAGUGAUCAUAUAAAAUCUCAAGAGAUUUGCCAACUCUUAUACAAGCUCUGAUCAAUUGUUCUAUUCUCCUUGAGAACAAACAUGACAUAAUAACUCUUUUAGUUGAAGAGUUCAUUGACUUCUCAUAUGAUGUUCUCAUGAAUUCUCAAAUAACUUUUUUUCACAUCAAGAUCCGGGAUGGUCUAACCGGACCAACCAAUUAUCAAGUUAUCAAAUCUUGUAAACUUCUCGUUUACACUUUUAUGUGUACGGAUUGUACUAAUAUACAUGUAGUACAUAUUUGUGAUGCAAAUAUUAGUUUCACACUUUUCUUGAUAAGAUAUUCAUUUUACGAAUAUCCUUUUAAUUGGAUAAUGCAUCAUCACUGGGUAGUUUGAGUCCUUCAGGCCACAAAACAUUAGCUCUUUUAGAGCUUAACCAUAUUUUGUACCAUAUUUCGCCCUUCCAGAGACUUAUGAUUUGAUGCAUUCUUAGUAAACACAUAUUCAUAGUGAAUAUCAUCACAAAUUAUUAUCACGAGUACCUAAUUUAGUUACUUCAAGUAACCCAACAUAAGCUCUUCGGAAGCUUUUUCUCAUUUAUGUACUCUACCAUAUAGUUUACAUGGAAUUUUUCUAACAAUCAUACUUUACAAAAACACACUAAAAUAAUAAAUGAGAAUAUUCGAACUUAAGACAAAAAUGACAAACUUAUUAAGUUAAUCGUUCUAGAUAAAAGUUAUCAAGUUAAAUUAUGCAUGAAAAUAAUGGCACGAUGAAACAUAAUAGAAAACAAGAAUCAUAAUACUACAAUUGUGAAAAUUUAAAUAGGCUUUAUUUGGAACAAUAUCAUCACUAACUAGGUGAUUUUAAAUUUAUAUAUGCGUUCCAUUAUGCAUUUCAAUGUACAACAUGUACAUUAUGUUAUCAUGACUUUGAUAAUGCAAUUGUUAUUUCAUCCACGUUUAUAAUUCUUCUCUUUUCUCACUUCUGGUGAAAAGAUCCAAACAAUACAUUUAGCAUAUAUAUAUAAUCAUGUUUAUAGCUCCAUUCACUUCGGGGAAUAGAUUGUUUCAUUCACUUCUGGUAAUGAAAAUGUCUCAAGUGCAAUAUCAUUUUCAUCUUUAAUGGAGAAUAUACCAACUUAUAAUACAAAAAAAUAUGUUCCAUAAUAUUGAUAUUGCAUCAGCAUAUUUGAAUUUGCUCUUCCCUUUGAUUCUUAGUAGAAUCAAGUCUUUUGCGUACAACGGGUACGAGACAAACACACUUUUCCAUUACGAUGGUAACAUACAGAACCAAUAUUCUUAUUACCAUGUCCUUUUCUUUCUUUGCCCUUGAAUUCUUCAAUUUCCACUUCUGGGGAAUACAUGGGCUCUUGGAACUUGCAUUUUCUACAUAUCAAUGUAUGAUUGAUAAGAAUAGGAUAACACAGAGAACUGAGAAAUUAACUCAUCACUUAUAUUACUUUUCUUGUUAAUCCAAAUAGAUUGACAUGAUAAAAUAUCAAUGGAUAUGAGAAGUAGCACCCAUCUUAAUAUAUUGGAAUGAGAUAAUCUCAAUACAAAUAAGACAAUACGAUAAGAAAGGAUCUAAGAUUUACAUACCUUGAUCAUAUUGUGAUCUUACUCCAAUAUCUUAGAUUAUGUCGAGAGUCUUUCAGGCUUGAGCAAUGAUAAUUUUGGCAGAGCUUCGUGCUGAUAACGUGUUAUGAAACUAAUGAAAAUAUAAACAACUAUAAGAGAAGAUUAGAGAGGAAAAGACACAAGAGAAGAGAGGGGAAGAGUUCUUCUUAUUCAUUCUUCACUUUUGAUACAAUGGUGUGCUAUAUUUAUAGGCGCACUUUGGUAACCACUACAUCCUUAUAUCAAUGCAUAUGAAUGAGAGAUAAUAAUGUAGAAAUAGAGGUUACAUGUAACUCCCAAGUGAGCAUCUAAUGUGGUAGGUCAUUGGUCAUCCACAUAUCAAUAUUUACAUAAUAAUAUUUGAUAUAUCAUUUAUGAAUUUCAAAUUGUGAAAAAGAAGUAAUUUGGAAUUCAUUGUAGCAGGUAGUUGGGAAUUUUUUUUUUUUUUUUUACUUUUAGAAGUAAAGGUAAUAUCUUGUU